UACUCCGAACUAAGUAGACUCAUUGUAUGGUUCAACCUUUCGGAACAUAAGCUCCAAAAUUGACCGAAACGAAAAUUCAAACCCAGUCGGAUUCAUCCGCUUCCCGCCAGGACCCUACACCGGAAAAAAUAGCAAAGGACACAGGACACAGAAUGGAGCUGUGGCACAAGCUGAGAGUGCAGUUUAACGACUUCUUCCACGUGAACUACCCCUACAUAGCGCUCUAUAGCGGAAUGGGCGUGGCAGUAACCGCCUACUUGCACUACCAGUGGAGCAUGCACCAGUACGACCUCGUGUACUGGAAGCGUUUGGCGGAGGCCUUCUCGCAGGACAUCGACUGCUUUCAGCUGGCCAUACUGGUGUUGAUCUUCGCGAUCAACACCGUGUUUGUGUUCAUCAUCCUGAGUGUCUAUCUGCGCCCGGCCCUCGACAAUGGCAGCGAGAUGUCCUUGCUGGAGAUUAAGGAUCGCUAUGCCCGCUUCAUCCUGCUCCGCCUGAUAGCCCGCCUCGAUCGCAUACAGUCGAAGAUCUCAGCGAAGCGCAAGAGCCUCACCUUCCAGCACUAUGUCAGGGCACACACGAACAUGGUGAAGGCGGUGGCGGUGUUCCGCAAGGAUGCCCGCAAGCUAAUCCUGCCCAACGAGAGCGAGAUCCUGAUGCCCAUCGAGGAAAUCUACGGGGUGGCCGAGGACGAAGAACGACUUCUUCGGCGAUCGGGCUACUACAAGCUGAUCAUCGACACCACCGACGCGACGGUGAAGGCUCUUUUCAACGCCAAGUUGGAGGAGAUCCUGUUUCCAAGCAGCUAGCUGAGUCGGUACCGAUUGAAACUUUCAGUAAACUGCAGUCGACCACUAAUUGCCUUUAUCUACUCUGCAAACCGGAGCUCCGAGGACUCCUUCUUAAAGCCGUUUUAUUGUUUCAAUUGUUUGGCUUGCCAGCUUUUUAUGGCCGCAUUGUGCUCUGAGCCAACAAUAACAGGCCAGUCGGAGACUGUCAGCCGUCCCCAACCCCCAAUAACAAUAAUGGCAAAAGAAACAGCAGCAGGAACAGAAACAGAAACAGAGGCAGAAACAGAAGCAGUUGCAGAACCAGACCAGAACUAGAAACAAAACUCCAACCAGGAACAGAGAACAGAACUAAACUAAAAUGCCAGCCCAUGUCUGCACAGCUCAAAACAAUAUCUAAUGUUGUCUACUGCAAAAUA